UGCACUCGCAGCGGGGGCCCGCCCCAACCGCCGCCGCCCCCGCCUCAGCUUUGUAGUCUGUCCCUAGAGCUUUGCCUUGGGGUCAGCUGCUGCGGUCCUGUGGGUUGGCCCGCCCCGCGUGGCAGCGACAUGGAGGAAUUCGACUCCGAAGACUUCUCCUCCUCAGAGGAGGACGAGGAUUACGUGCCUUCGGGUGGAGAGUAUAGUGAAGACGAUGUAAAUGAAUUAGUGAAGGAAGAUGAAGUGGAUGGUGAAGAGCAGACACAGAAAACCAAAGGGCAAAAAAGGAAGGCUCAGAGCAUUCCUCCCAGGAAGAGAAAACAAGGUGGCCUCUCAUUAGAAGAGGAAGAGGAGGGUCUCAGCGAGGCAUCUGGAGGAAGCAGCAGUGAGGAGGAAGGCAUGGCUGCAGAGCAGGAGGAAGGCGCGGGGUCAGAGGAUGCAAGGAAGAAGAAGGAGGAUGAACUGUGGGCCAGCUUCCUCAGCGAUGUGGGGCCGAAAUCAAAAGUGCCCUCGAGUCCGCAGGUUAAAAAAAGAGAAGAGGCUGAAGAGACAAGUUCAAAUAAAUUGUUGGUCAAAGCAGAAGAGCUAGAGAAACCUAAAGAAACAGAAAAAGUUAAAAUCACCAAGGUGUUUGAUUUUGCUGGUGAAGAAGUCAGGGUGACUAAGGAAGUAGAUGCUACCUCUAAAGAGGCUAAAUCUUUCUUCAAGCAAAAUGAGAAAGAAAAACCACAGGCUAAUGUCCCUUCAACUCUGCCGACACCCCCUGCUGGGUCAGGAUUAAAAAGAUCGAGUGGCAUGAGCAGCCUUUUGGGGAAGAUUGGAGCCAAGAAGCAGAAGAUGAGCACCCUGGAGAAGUCCAAAUUGGACUGGGAGAGCUUCAAGGAGGAAGAGGGCAUUGGUGAAGAGCUAGCCAUCCACAAUCGAGGGAAGGAAGGGUACAUUGAACGGAAAGCUUUUCUAGACCGAGUGGAUCACAGGCAGUUUGAAAUUGAGCGAGAUCUCAGGCUGAGCAAAAUGAAACCCUGAUGUUAUGGGGGGAAAUCCCUAGCAGCUUAAUCCUGUUUACAAUGUGAGCUUCUGUGCGUCUGUGAAAUGUCUCCAGUGACUCUCCUCUACUGUUUCCCAGGAAGGCCUUUUUUUCUACAUUGAAUUUCUCUCUUUGUAUUUUCAUCUCACGUGGUUUCAUUCAUUUUACUUCUAAAAGUUUGUCCUUAAAUAAAAGUAAAAAAUAAAAGUUGGUCCUAUAAAAGACUGGUGAAGAUGAUGACACUA